CACCUAGGAGAAUGGAUCGCAGGUCCCGGGCUCAGCAGUGGCGCCGAGCUCGCCAUAAUUACAACGACCUCUGCCCGCCCAUCGGCCGCCGGGCAGCCACCGCUCUCCUCUGGCUCUCCUGCUCCAUCGCUCUCCUCCGCGCCCUAGCUUCUUCCAACGCCCGUGCCCAGCAGCGUGCUGCCCAGCGUCGGAGCUUCCUUAACGCCCACCACCGCUCCGCCGCUGCCGCCGCUGCUGCGCAGGUACUCCCCGAGUCCCCCGAAUCCGAGUCUGACCACGAGCACGAGGAGCCAGCACCUGAGCUAGCCCGCCCCGAGUGCCUGGAGUACCCAGACAUUGACUACGAGACCGAUUCGGAGACCGAGUCCGAGACCGAGUCCGAGACCGAGUCCGAGACCGAGACCGAGACCGAGACCGAGACCGAGACCGAGUCGGAGACCGAGUCGGAGACCGAGUCCGAGUCUGAUAUCGAGUCCGAGUCCGAAUUAGAGAGCGAAUCUGAUACCGCCCCUACAACUGAGCCUGAGACCGAGCCCGAGGACGAACGCGGCCCCAGAGGUGCCACCUUCAACCAGUCUCUCACACAGCGUCUGCAAGCUCUGAAGUUGCAGAGCGCCGACGCCUCCCAGAGUCGUACGCAGCCCACCACUCAGGAGCCCGAGAGCGCAAGCGAGGGGGAGGAGCCCCAGCGCGAGCCCUUAGACGAGGAUCCUCGGGACCCCGAGGAGUCAGAGGAACGCAAGGAGGAGGAGGCCAGGCAGCCCCGCCGCUGCAAGACCAGGAAGCCCGCCCGCCGCCGCGACCAGUCCCCGGAGUCCCCUCCCAGAAAGGGGCCCAUCCCCAUCCGGCGUCACUAAUGGGUGACUCCGUCCAGAUUCUCCUUGUUUUCAUGGAUAAAGGUGCUGGAGAGUCUGGCAAGAGCACGAUUGUGAAGCAGAUGAGGAUCCUGCAUGUUAAUGGUUUUAAUGGAGAGGGCGGCGAAGAGGACCCGCAGGCUGCAAGGAGCAACAGCGAUGGAAUAUAUUACCCCUACUAGAUGAUGGCUACAGUCCUCCAUCUUCUUCGCUAUGUCCUCUCCCAACUAUCCCAACCUGCAUGCUUCAAUUGCCCGGUCUUAGGAAACUAAUAAGAAUACUAUUCUGUUGUCUGGGGGGAGGGGGAGGGGUCCCUUACCUAUUUCCUAACCUUUAGACAUAAGUGACAAAGGAAAGAGGAAAUGACAUCCUUAAUUGGCUACAGUAUAGUAGAAGAGCAAUCAGAAAAGGCAUCGAUAGAUUGAUUAUCGGCUGUACCAAAAGUUGGCAUCUGAGAAAUGUGGCAAGCCCCUACUGAGAGAGCCUACUAUGUAUCGUGUUGUGCUAAACCUCUCAACCUUACUAAUACUUACCUGCACGUUUUUUCCUCCUAUGACUCUCUACUCUACAAGUAAAAAUCAGUAUUAACAAUCCUGAUAAAUAAAAUUCUCUGCAUGUCUCAGCAA